GUGCAGGGGCAGUAAGCGUCUCAGUUGCCGACGAACUUCCAUCUCGCCGUCGUCGUACAAAAAGUUUCCCUUCGCAACUUUUUUGUACAAACGCGCACACACAUACAAAGGAUUUUCUCAUCCUAGUUUUUCUUGUUCCUCAACUUCGGGUCGAAAUCACACACAAAAAGAAACGUUUUUUUCGUGGAUUUACACAUUUUGUUUUGUUUGUUCUCUCAUCGAACGUACGGUUUUGCUGCAGUUUUUCUUCGUUGGGAAACGUUUAAGCGAGAGAACCAAGGCAGCUUUCUCUCGCACGGCGGCCAUCUUGUCGAGCUCAGCCGCCAUCUUGAUCACGUCUACCAACCAUUGUUGAGUAUUUCGUCCUCCCAACGCAUUUUCCUCUCUUAUCGAUUGUACCGUUUCCAUCUCUCGUUUGGAUGCUCAACAUCUCUACCAAGACGAAGAAGCAAAAUAUCAUUUUCUCGCCAAUUUGUCUGACAUCUCCAAUUUGAAAAGAAAAAUAUCAAGAGAAUGCGUGUCGAAGUUACAUCAGCGGCCAAUUUUCUCGUCAGACUUCUUCGUUUGAACAAGGAAUCUGCCAUCGUGUCUGAUCAACAGCUGGAAGUCUUCCGUGCUGCUUUGAUCGAGACAUUGAGGAUACGCUACCAGGAGCAUUGGUUUCCCGAGAAACCGUGCAAAGGAAGCGGCUACCGUUGCAUCCGCAUCAAUGGCAAAAUGGAUCCCGUCCUGGCUCAGGCUGGCGUUUUGGUCGGUUUACCCGGCCAGUUCCUGCACAGAAUUUUCCCUUCGGAAUUGACGAUGUGGAUCGAUCCCCGUGAAGUGUCGUAUCGUAUCGGGGAAAACGGUUCGAUCUGCGUCCUCUACGACGAACGGGAAGUGGAGGAAACGAUGAGGCAGGAGAGGAAUAGUAGCCACAAUAAACAAGGUUCGUCGGCUUCGUCGACUCCCAACUCUUCGAAUUCACCGUCACCAUCGCUGGGUGGGUCGUCUGACUCUUCGUCCUCGUCCAUGGAUUUGAGUGGUGGAGAUCCAUCGGCUGGAUGUAGAGAAUCUGUUCGGUCAGAAAUGGAAUUUAUGAUGGAUGCCCGCAAUAUCCUGGCCUUUGAGCAUUUGGCUUCCUACGUUUCUAGUUAAGCUGGCCGGAUUGUUUCACUACCCCCAUCAUCCAUCCGCCGAUCCAUCCGCCGACAACCGACCUUCGGAAAAUGGGAUUUUGUCCCAUCCAUCCACAUCAAACCCAGCUGAAAAGAAUUCUUUCGGACCUUGCUGCUGUUCUUAAUUUUUUUCUUUGUUUCAUUAUACAUGCGAGAUUUGAUUCUACACAAUCGGGGGGGAAAAAAAGAGAAGAAGACCUUUAAAAUCGGGGGGACAGAAAAUUCAGAAAGGAAGACAAGCCACCCAAUGUUGCAUGACAAUAUUUUUUGUUUUGUUUUCCGUUUUUACACCCGCAUCGAGUUUUCCUUCCUUUUUACCAUCACAUGGGAAAAAAGGGAAGAUUUUUUAAAUUAACAAAACGGGGAGGGAAAUGUUCCCACCACCUGCUACUGUGCCGCUCGCAAAGAAGAUGGAGGAGCGGCGUGUGUUAAACCCGUACUGUGAUCUCAACAAAGCCAUUGCCAACCGUGCAUCCCACCACCACGACCCCAUUUGGAAGAGAUGAGCUGAAAUAAAAGAAGACAUUUGAAGAGUCCCAACAAUUUUUGAACUACUGAAUCCUCCUCGUCACACAACAAAAAACGUCGAUAUAUUAUAUACUCUUUAUGUAUAUCUCUCUCUAGAAGCGUCUCCCAAUUUUUUUGAUAGAAAACAAACAAACCCUCCCCCAUCUUAUGUAUGUAAAUGAGUUUGUAUAAUCUUAUGUCAUAAUUGUCUAAACCCACCACCCUCCACACCAAAUUCCCCACUCCCUUUUAAAGCGAAAACUAAUUUUGCCGUAAACCAUCAGUUUAAACGAAUGAUGUUUUUGAAAGUCGAUAAAACACAAGUCUCCCAAUCCAACGUUGAAAAUAGUUUUUUUAAUUAAAAGAAAGCUCUCAGCUGAAUUAUCGUAUUUAUGGUCCCGUUUUUUUUUUUUUCGCAUUGGUGUUGCAAGAAGGACAGAUGGCAGCUUUACAAUCACUCACUUAAUUUCGGGGGUCAACCCACCCAACCAUCCCUUUUUUAAUGAUGUAAACAAAAAAUAAAGAUUUCAAUCCAUUGAUAAAAAAAUUCAAAUUUCCGGGGACCAAAAAGUGAAAAACCAAUUUUUUUUUUUUUUUGAAAAAAAAAAGGCACGCAAGUGAUGAAGACAAACCCCUUACAAUUUCAUUCCAACCUGACCUGCCUACCCCUUCAACAGCUAUUCCGGCCUUUCAAAUUUUUUAUAAACUGACGAGUACAAAUUUAAAGAAGAAAAAUUGAUUUUUUUAAAAAGAAACAAACAAACAAAAAAAACUACAUUUUUUUUUGCUUGAAAUGUUUUUACUUGAAUGGCCGGAUUGCCUUGUUGUGGUGGUGGAUGGUCCGGCUUCGGGAUAUUUAUCUCAGGAUAUCGCUGGAUUGAUUAACCUCCCUUUAUAGCUCCCCAUUUCUCAUCUUCUUAUUCGAUCCUCCCCCUCGCAAUCUUGAAAUUUUGUGAUCCCGAUGAUAUUCAGUGAGUGCAAUAUCUUCCUUCGUCCCAUCAUCUUCCUCCUCAAAUUUUGGCGACAAUUGUAAAGCUGCACUUUUAUCAAGCUCCUCACUUUUUGUGUACUUACGGAGAGGAUCGUACAAAAUCCCGUUCACCCCCCCCCCCAUCGUUUUUUGAAAGGAAAGUGAUUUUUUUUUUUGAAAACGGAUGCGAUAAUUGAGCUCAGAUUUUUAUUCGAAAAGAGAAAAAUUUAUAGAAAUAUUUUUAACGCAGUAAAAACAAAUAACACCUACACCCCUCCCAAAAAUCACAAUCCGGUUUUGAUUUUACGUGUGAAAAUGUCUGCUGGCUGAUGUUAUUCCCCCACCCUCCUUUUUUUUCCAAAAUUUUAGAGCGUGAGUGUGUGUGUGCGUGUAUAGAUAAUUAUGGCGGGGGGUCUGUUUGUUUUCCUGGGGAUAGAAGCAAGAGAUAGAAAAGCCUACAAGAUGUUUAAAUAUUUUUGGCACGUCUGUGUGCGAAAUCAACCAAAAGGAGAAGACGGGACUUCAAAAAAUUUCAAAUGGGUCUCGCUACGGGUCUUUUUAAAAAAAAGAGAAAAGAAAGGGAAUUCGGUUUUUCUUCCAUCUCUAUUCGAAUGUAAAAAAAUCGAUUUUUUUUUUAUUUUAUUUUUUUGCGUGAUUAUCUAUGGGUGCGUGAUGUUUGCGAGCUACUUUGCAUUGAUUGGAAAGAGAGAGAAACAAAAAAUAUGUCCCAACGCCAUUUAUUUUUUGCCUUGCCGUUUCCUGUACAAAAAGCGACAAUUCUCCCGAAAUGGCUUUCAUGGGAAAUUUUGUUUUUUUCGAUUUAGAGAUAAAAUUAAAAAAAAACACUAUUUGAUUGAAGUACGCCAAAACCCAGUCAAUUUGAGCAAAGGAAGAAAAAAAAAUUCUUUUUUUCAGCAACGGGGAAAGAAAAAAGAAGAAAAGCUUAUUUUCUUUAUGUGCCCUCCAUCUCUCUCCAGUGCGCCAUUUCUCCUCCUCGCCCCACCCUAAUCGUGAAUUUUUUUUUUUUUUUGUUGUGGAAAAUUGAGUUCGGCCUGUGAUGUUUUUUAAAUUCUCUCCCGCGAACGCCCUCCUCCCCCCACUUCCCCUCACACAAAAGAAAUAUGAAAUGGGAAAAACUAUCUCGUAUGUGAUUUUGAGACAAAAAUCGGUAUUGAAACUCUCCUCGUCUCUCGGCACUUGAUUUUGUUUGAUCGACAAGUCUCUUUUUUCAGAUUUUUUUUUCUAUCUCUUUCUUUUUAAUUUUCUCUAUUUUAAUUUUCACGUUUUUUUUUCGAUGUAGUGUUAUUUCCUAUUUUUUUAAAAAAUUAGAAUAUCCUCCGCCGUUUGGUUUGCGUGCAAUUUUGAGAGAAGACGGGAAUAGAAGAAAAGAAAAAUUGUGAUUCGAUUCGUGUCAAUUUUUGAAGAUUUUUUUUUUUUUUCGUUUUUCUUUCGGAAUUAUGUACACACGAACUCUCUCACGGUGUGUGGUGCAUGCUUUUUUCGUUUCACUUCUUUGAAUAUGAUUAUUCGUAUCCUUUUUAAUUACUAUUUGGCAGUCUCCCCCCCCUCCCAAUUUCUCUUUUCACUUUCUUCAAGUCUUUUUUUUUUAAAUAUAAUUCAGUGUCCAUGUAAACUACUUCGAAACGAAGAAGAAGACAAAAACUAAAAAUGAUCUAAACGAAUGGGAAACUAUGAAUUUGAGGUCUUUAAUUUCUUUUUGUCUUCUCUCUCUCUGCAACAAAUAUGUGCGCUCUUACGUGUAUGUGUGUGUACAGAGGUAUUUUUGUUCACCGUCAAAAAAGGAAAAAACAAAAAAAUGUACACCCUUUUAUUAUAAUGGAAGCAAAAAAAAAGAGACUUGUUUUUUGUAUAGUAAUAAAAAAACCUUCAUCGCAUCGCAAAAGAAA